CUAUUGCAUCCACCUCAGCUGAACUCACCUGGAUCCGCCAUCUCUUGAGUGAACUUCGGAUCUCACUCCCUCGGCCUCCUACCAUUUUCUGUGACAACAUUAGUGCUACUUAUGUGUGUGCUAAUCCAGUUUUUCAUUCUAGGAUGAAACAUGUGGCUAUUGAUUUUCAUUUUGUACGAGAGCAACUAGCUCGUGGUCAACUUUGUGUUCAACAUAUUUCUACCAAAGAGCAACUCGCGGACUCUCUCACCAAACCUGUUGCUCGUCACCAGUUUUUAUCUCAUCGUUCCAAGCUCGGGAUCCUUCCAGGACCACUCUCGCUUGCGGGGGCAUGAUAGAAUAUACAUUAAUUAAUAUUAUUAUUGUUAAUCUUUGUAUUUAUCCAUACUUGUAUUUAUCUCAAUGUAAUCUUAUCUCCCUGGUGUAAUUAUCUCUUGUAACUAAUGAGCUACUUUUGCUCCACUCAUUAAUAUAUAAUACGGCUGCAGCACUCAUAUGAGGCUAAGCCUUUACUGCUAAUUACUCUUUACUAUGCCCAUUACAAGUGCAUUUGGACUACUCGUUCCAAUGCAGCUCCACUUUAGUUGGGGGGCUAGAGUGACUCUAACACUUGGACUCCUUAUUUCACUUUCUGCCGGAGUUUUGAUUGCGCAUAUUAGAAAUUCCAUCCUAGUGAUGGUUAUGAUUCAUCUCAUUGCACUAGGCUUUGGGAUCAUUCGGCAGGCUAUCCCUGCAAUUCCUAUUCAGAUGGCAGCUCGGGGUGAAAGCGAGAGAGUUAGCCUUGCUUUUGACAUGGGUAACUCAUCUGGGGGGUUUCUUCAUCGAUUCAUGGAGAGCAAUCAUAUUUAUUUUGAUUGCUCUUAUAUGUUUUAUAGGUCUUGCUUGUCUUCCCCUUUUAAUUGGUGUAGGAGGAGUUCGAGAUUAUGUCAGGCCACUCCAUAUGUUGCGAGGUCGACAUAAACAUAUCUUUAAGUCCCAGUGGUAUUUUUUGUUGUCUUCUCAGUUACUUUUUUUAGGUCCAUUUGUUUUUCAUGGUCCUUUUGUUCUGGAGUCCAUUGGAUUGUUGGUAAAGCCAACAGUGGCAGCUUCCCUUAUAGGUAGUUUCCUAGUUAUGUUAACUAGCUUAGUCGGUGUGCCACUUAUUGUUGAUCGUUUCGGAGCAAGGAAGAUGGCCUUGAUUUCAGUAUUCGCCCUCUCUAUCUCACAGGUAUUGUUAAUUCUUCAUACUAGUCUAUUAUCAUUAGCACUUUUUUACUCCUCCCUCCAUUCCAAACAAAUUUUCCUAGAAUUAUAUUUUCUUACUUCACCUGGUAGUUUUAUUGUAUACUUUUAUUAUUCUUGUUGCAGUUUUCAUUCUGUGCCAUUUUUGCCAAAGAUGUGCACCACUUGAGCUCAAAGAGUUCUAAAGUGGCAGUUGGCUUGCUUGUGAUAACAUAUAUAACCAAUUCUAUGGCCAAAGGACUACUAGGCUCACUUCCAUUCAGGUUCCAUCAAAGGGAAGAAAGAGCUGGGCGAGGAAUAUUAACUGUUACAGAGUUUAUUCUUUCUGCAUCAGCAAACAUGACUUUUCCUUUAUUACUUUGUAGUUUUGAAAAACAUGUUUUUAUUAUUUUAGGUGUAAGUUCCAUAGUCUUUUUACUUAUUAUAUUAGGUCGAUAUUUUUAAUAUCUAGUUGUCAAAGAGAUGCUUGUUUAAUGUGUAUCAUUUUCAACAGAUUUGUAUUCAACUUUAGAUUAUCAGACUAUCCCAUAUUAUAUGAAACAUAUCAGUACGUUUUUCA